AUGUUCAAACUUUUGUCAACCCUCCUGCUAGCCACUGCUGUAGCCUCGCUACCCGCCACCCCUCUACCAGCCGGUAAAAUUGGCACCGCUCCAGCUGCCUUUGGCAUUGAUACCACAUACCAACUGACAGCAUCACAAGUGGACUGUCUCGUACGGUCCGGCUACAAAGUUGGCUUUUUCCGUCUCUACAACCGAAACGCUGGAGACCGUGUUGGAGUGAGCAAUGUGUUGGCCGCUUACAACGGCCGUUUGGCUUUCGAAGUUUUUGUCACUCCAUACCCUAGUGGAUCUGGAAGUGGUCAAUUCGAGUCGGCUUAUGCUUUUGCCAAAACAAACAACUUGCAAUUGAACAGGGUUUGGCUUCAAGUCACGUCGCCUAGCCAAUGGAGCAACACCUUCAGCAGCAACGUCAGAUAUAUCAAUGACUUUGUCAGAGCUGCUUAUGUAAGUGGUUUUUUGUUGUUUACUACAGAUUAUUGGUUGUAUAUUACUCAAUAUUUUUGUUUUAAACAUAUUUUUAUUUCGAAAAUUGAUAAAAUCUUCAAAUUUUUCUAUAUUUGUAAACGUUUCGAGCUAAAAAUGCCAUUUUAAAGUAAACAAAAGUCAAAAAAAGUCUUAAUAGUUCUUACGUUUUCACUGCCUUUUUUUGUUAUCAAACCUUAUCAAAUUCCUUUUAAUUAAUGUAUUAUUCUUUGUUUAAAUCAAUAAUUAGUACAAGUUUGUUUUAAUCUCUUUAUCAGCUUGUUUAUCAAAGAAAAAGUCAAAAAUUGAAGUUUAAAUUAAUAUUAUUGUUUGUUCGAAACGAUGAAAGAGCUAAAAAAGAGCAUUGAAAAGGUAGUGUUGAGAGCAUGAUUCAAUAAAAACUUCAAAAAUUUCGAAAAAUUUUAGAAAAUUUUGUUUAGUAUUCACUAACCCCCUAUCUCAAGGUUAAUAUAACCAUACCCCAACUAUAAUACCUUCUAUAUCCCCCACCUCAACAAAAACAAUUUCCAGGCCCGCAACGUGAAUGUCGGUCUCUACACCAACUGGUACGACUACGAAGAGAUCACCGGCAACUCGCGCAGCAUCUCCAACACCGACAUCUGGUACUGGCACGUCCUGGGCGCCGGCAGCAGUGCCGAGACCUCUCGUGACUUUGUCGACUUCCGUAGCUUCGGCCCCUUCGUCGGCUACCCCAAGGUCAAGCAGUAUGGUAUUGCCGAGAACACAUGUAGCGCCGUUGUUAACCAGAACGUGUUCCCAGGCGGUAGCUUCAAGCUGAAUGGCGAGGAGAGCAUGCCAAUUGGUUUGGGCGCUUCUUUGAUUCAGGACAACAAAACCAAGCAAUAA